GGAAGUGCUUUUGUUCUUUAGCUAGCCUACAAAAGAAAGCUAAAACAUCUCCAUCCUCACUGAAUUCAGGCGGGUAAACGUGUGUAGCUUUGGCAGACGGACAUAAUACAUAAACAGCGCUAAAAGCCGACUUUAUUCGCUUCAUGGACUUAUAAGACCUGUCCCCAUUAACUGGCUAUUAAGCUAUAAUGGCUGCUAACCCUCCAGGACAAGGGUUUCAGAACAAGACCCGUGUGGCUAUACUGGCGGAGCUGGACAAGGAGAAGAGGCGGCUAUUGCAGAGCCAGUCCAUAAACAGCCCCGGGGCCAACAUCCCAUUGUCGUCGAGACCCAGCCUAAAGGACGUGAGAGACAGCGCGGAGCAGCAGCACAUCGCCGCGCAGCAAAAGGCCGCCUUGCAGCACGCGCACGUCCAUUCUUCUGGCUUCUUCAUCACUCAGGAUUCCUCGUUUGGUAACCUCAUCCUCCCGGUGCUUCCCCGCCUGGACCCAGACUUUUAACUCACGCCGUUGCUCCAUAGACUGAGCCAGGUCAUUCAUUUGGUUGUGCAUAAACCAAGGAACUGACGUUGUUUCCCCGUUUUUCUGUAUUGUUAUUAUUGUUGUUGUUAUCUUAUGAAUGCUAUUUUUUACCUUGUGUGGAAAAAGAAUCUCACUGUUAUAAUAAAACAUGCGUUGAACGCAA